GAAUAACAAGGAUGAUAUAGCUAGAUAGAUACCGAAAGCAGUAUUCAGGUAGUUGAAUACCUACAGGUUCUUAUAGUUUUGGGUAUUAGGAGAAAUAGAACAGUAGGAAUGGAGUCAGAGAACUCGUGGAGAUUCCUGGAUGAAGAGAUACAAAGACCAGAGCGAGAACGACGCGAAAGAGAUGAUGAAGAAGACGAAGAGGAAGACAACGAAGAAGAUGAAGCACCGUUGGAUGAGGCUCAAAAUCCGAGGCCAGAACGACGAGCAGGACAUGCUCGAUUAGGAAAGAAGAGAAAGUUUCCAGGGGGCUAUUGUCUGUGUGCUGGAGCUACCUCGCGACAAGUACAAAUUGGUAUGCACCAGGAGGUACCUAGGCGUGGCACUACAUAUCACUCCAAGUUCCUAUGGGAUGCCAGAGAAUAG